UUUACGAAAUGCAUUUGCGGCAAGAGUGACAAUAAAAGCAAGAAUUCCACCGCCCCACAACUGGACGAGAUGACCCUGCCGAGCUGGUCUUCGCUGGCCGGCCGUCUCAAGUUGCUUUACGAUUCGACCCACGACUACCAUCCGCAGUUCCAGGGCUACGAGUUGGGAACCGUUAUCAAACAGGCGGACACCGUACUGCUGGGCUACCCACUGAACUAUCAGCAUCUGGGGAUGACCCCUCGAACCCGGAGUAAUGAUCUGCGUUUUUACGAGCGUGUCACCCGAGCAACAGGGCCGGCAAUGACCUGGGCGAUGCAUGCCAUAAACCACCUGGAUCUGGGCGAGAUCGAGGAUGCCGAGAGGAAUUUUGAGCGAAGCUACCGAUCAUACGUGCGGGCUCCAUUCCACGUGUGGUGCGAGGUCCCACCGGAUCAAACUGGGGCCGUGAACUUUAUCACCGGUGCGGGUGGCUUCCUGCAAGCGAUCAUCAACGGUUUCGCUGGAGUCCGGUUGUACUUGGAUCGGCUGGAGAUAAAACGACCCAGGCCGCUACCCGGGACCCAAGGAUUGACAAUAAAAGGGUUGGAAUAUCUCGGAGCCAGAUUGACUAUGUGCAUCUCCAAGGCGAUGGUGACGCUUGAAGCAACUCAACUAACUCGAGAUUUGAUGCUACAUUCCGGCGACAAAGAGGAACCAAUUUCACUGAAUACGAUAUACGAUAUAACCAACACGAACAUUACUAUUCGAAACAAACUCAACGUAUUUGGCGAAUGUUCUCUCCCACAAGAUACCUUGUCAAUCAUCAAUGUUUAAUCAGAAGUCAGCGAGAAGCUCAGUCAUUAAGAAAAAAUGA